AAACUUUAUACUAUUUGUUUUGUAAUACAUUUGUCAGAUUGAUAAAACAUAAGCCGCCUUCUAUAUAUAUAUAGGUAUAUAACAAUCUGUUUUGAACACUUUUGUCACAUAUUUUUAGGUCAUUAUGACGGUUUUAAAUACUUGCCAAUGCGUUGUAUUUUAUGAAUAUAUACUACUAAUAUCAUACAUACAAUGGAUGGUCUACAUAAUAAAUGAACAAAUACCGGAAAGAAGAUCUUGUUUAAGUACCUACAGAGACAUGUAUCUGGAAGUUGUAGAAUGCUUACAUCAAGUCAAUAGAUCAAUAUAUGGUGUACCGGCCAUUGUUGUUUUUAUUGCAGCAAAUGUCGCUGAUAUCAUUCUUAUUAUACACACCGAUUUAUUAUUCCCUAGGGACUAUGGCAAUGAUCCUUAUUUGGUAGUUUCUUUCAUAUGGUUGUUGACGAGAACAGUCAAUGUUCUAACUUUAUAUGUGAUUGGUGACGUUACGGAAAAAGAGGUAAAUCGGAUGAGUCUUGUCUUACAGCAACGAUCCGUAAUAGAAAGAAACCCUAGAAUUAAACGUCAGAUCAAGUUUUUUUUACUACGCAGAUUACACGAACACUACCAUUUCAAGCUGUAUGGAAUGUGUCAUAUUAAUCUGAGACAACUAUUUAGUUUAUCAAACAAAGCAAUUGGUUAUUUAGUAAUUCAAAUGUUGUUCAAAUUGAAUAAAUAAUAAACAGAUUUAAUUAGGAUUUAGGUAUUCGGUAUAAAGGUCGAUAUAUUUACUGUAAGACACUAUCAUUCAAAAAUCAAAAGGUUAACUUAUAUAGGUACUAACAUUUAUUCUAGUAAAUUUAAUAUUUUUUGUAAGUUGUAAGUGAUUGACUACCUACUCCCUAUACUCAUCCAAUGUUUGACUUUACGUAGGUAUUAUCACAAUAUUAUCGUUAAUCUUUUCAAUAUAAUAUUCAGUAUUUACUAUUAAUUGGACUAGGUAUUAUGUUCGUUAUGUAAAAAUAUAUCUAUAUUAUAACCUUAUACAUGAUUAGUGAUGCUACGGAAAAAGAGGUUUUUAUAUUAUAUUAUAUUAAUUGAAUUUUUCGUUAAUUUAAUUGCCUUUUUAAAAUUAUUUUCUAUCUACUCUCAAUAGAUAAUUAGUUAUUUCAAUGAAUAAAAAAAAAUAUUAUAUUCCUCCAUAGAUCCAA